CACCACUCAGAAACGUUGAGCACAAAAUUCCGGUAAGCAGUUUCGUUUUGGUCAGCCUGUAUGGAAACAUGUAGUUGAAUUAUCAGUUAGAAGUUCAAAUGAAAGUAAACCAAUAGUUUUUACCUUCCUAAUGACGGGUUGUUCAGCCACUUGUUUUCAUUCUUUUGACCGCAGUACGACUUGAAGACACACAGCACUGCAGCAUCUAAGUCGUAGGGCCUAUUGACUUAUUCUAUAUGUUGUUUAUGGCCGGUUGUCAGUCAGUGUCGGAAUAUCAAGCGGUCCAGGACAUAUUUUAGGCUGAAAUGCUCUACAUGAUUUAACAGACAGCAGUAGUAUCGACGAAAGGAAAAUAACAAAGUGGAGCUUCAAAAAGUAUCAAGCGUAAUGGAAAUAUCUGACUGAGACUGUUUUUUCUUUCUCUGUGGGCAUUUCAAUGUUGUGGUGUGCCCUUGAACCUAUAGCGAAGGCCUCCAUGUUGUCCCAACUGUUGAAAUCUACGAGAUAAAACAACUAUAACUUUAAGGUCAGCAAUAUCUUUCUCAGACGUGCACCACACUGCACGCCAUAAGAUGCCUUUGAACCUAUAGCGAAGGCCUCCAUGUUGUCCCAACUGUUGAAAUCUACGAGAUAAAACAACUAUAACUUUAAGGUCAGCAAUAUCUUUCUCAGACGUGCACCACACUGCACGCCAUAAGAUGGUUUUGAACCUAUUACCCCUCCAAUUCAAGCCCUACCCCCUAGAUCUAUUCCAAGCUACAAAUUCCUCCAUCUGCACCCUUUAACACCCCCCUCCCCACCUCCAAAAUGCAAACAACGAAAUAUUUAAGCAGAAAUGGAACCACAAUAUAUUCUGAGUCCAAAUAGAACAAUGAACCAAGAAAGCUGAUGGUGCAAGGUAUUUUCUCAAAUUAUUUUUGAGGUUUCUUGUAUUCCUUUCUCCAUAAGCCAUGAUGUCAUUUGCAUGGUACAGUUAUGUCCUGUUGAUAUGUAACUUUUCGUUUAUUUACAUUUACAUGGUUAGAUCUAGAUUAUAUAAAGUUGUUUUUAAACAAAAAUAAGAAUCCCCAAAACUCGUGUUUUCAUUUAGUUAUAACAUGGGAAUUGUUUUUUAAAAUACACGCUUGUACUAUUGGGUCACAAUUUGGGUCACCAUCUAUCCUGCACCUGAGUGACACCUUUAAUAUUGUUGUUCUGUUUUACUUUUCUUCUUUGAUCAAACACAGCAAAAAAAUUGUUCUUUGAUCCAGUACCAGGACGAUACAGGAUCAUUCUCAUUGUCAAAGUAUUUCCAGCAUUGUUAGAUGAAAUUUGAGUGUGUAUUAUUAACUGACAUUUCAGGUAAAAACAACAAUGACCAGACGUUGACUUGUCGUUCUGAGUCUUCUCUGGGUCAAGCAGGUCCCUCUGUCUCCAAGACCGUCAAGUUUGCCUAUGGACCAAGUAGCGCUACCUUGACCUUCUCACCGACAAACCCGUCCAGUUUGUGUCAAGGCCCCAAUCUCAGUGUUGUGUUCACUUGUACUGUUGACCCGCGUACAGUAAACCCUCAGCCAGACUACAAAAUCUCCGUGAACGGUGCACCAGUAGGCACAUCUGUGCAGCAGAUUCUACAGUUACAGGGCGGAGCUCACAACGUCAGAUGUCUUGUCGAGAACUCGUUAUUUCCCGCUGAUCUCUUCACCGAUGUCACUCAUACGUUUAUUGUCAGAGGUUUGGUUUUUACAAUUUUCCUAAUUCUUCACUUUGUUUUCUGUCGUGAACUUGCUUAUCUUUGGGAAAGUCGAAGUCCCUCGGUCCUCAGUACUGGAGAAAUCCUGGUGAAGGAAAAUGUCACAACUAGAGUGCAGUGUGUGGUCCGAGGGGGAUAUCCUGCUACAAGUGACGUAAGCCUGAGCUGUCCUAGUUCUCAGGCCGGUAGCUCUGGUGUGAAUUCUGUGGUCGUAACUAGGUCACAAGAGACACAAUGCUCGUGUACAGCCACUCACGUCAGUGGAUGCUACACCAAACGGAGUGACGUCACCAUCAAAGCUGCUUACGGACCUGAAGGUGUCACGUUGGAGAGAAAGAACGUGAGACCAGAGGAGUCCGGAACGUAUAACCUGUGUCCGUCAGCUACGCCAGAUAUAACAAUGGAAUGUUCUGUAGGAGUUGUCUACCCACGAGCAAGUUUUACCUUCACAGUGACGCCAACAGGAACACAAACUGCUGAUGCAUGUACAGGAAACGACGACAAGUGUUCCCACAACUUUGUGCCUUCAGGGGGAGGUAAUCACGAGUUCCGGUGUGACGCAGUGAACAGCGCUUUUGGAGAUAUGAGGGGAGACAGUCCCUCUGUACAGGUCUACGUGCGAGAACCUCCCAAGACGGCCCCUACACUGGUCAUCAACGGUCAAACCUUCACCGAUGUCAGUAUUGGUAACACCAUUGUUCUUGAGGCCGGCACAGAGCACAGUGUGGAGUGUCACGUCGAUGGGGGAUUCCCGGGCAUCUCUGCCUCAGACAUAUCUCUACAGUGUGGGGGUCGGGACGUGACUGAUGGAAAGUUUGUCCCCGCCUUGCUGUCUGUUUGUCUCAACGAGACCAGCUGUAGUUGUCGGGCAGAACAUCCCAGUGGGUGCUACGACUUGGUAACAGAAGUCAUCGUCUUUCUCCCAGACAGAGGCACACACGGCGAGAAGCUGGAACAACAAAGCGACGACCAGGAGAUCAUAGCAGUAGUAGUUGGGACAGCCGUGGCAGCGUUUGUCCUGGGCUGCAUUACUUCACUGGCGGUGUACUGUUUGUUGUCAAGGAAAGGAUGGCUGCCCAAGAAUUUUGAACGCUCCAAGUAA